UUUGGCGUCCGGUGCAACUUGUUGAUUACGAUAUGAAGCUAAAAUUGGAUUUCUAUUUUAUUUGGAAUAUAGCUGUUGUAUUUUUUAUCAUAGUGAUGUUUGUGAUGAUAUUCUUUUAUCUGUAACACUGUAUACUUUAGCGAUGGUCGUCUUUCAGUGUUCCACAAGGGCCUACUACUUUUCCUAACCUAACAUGUUAUAGGUUAAUUUGAAAAUGGCUUUUUACAGAAAAGCUAUUUGGUUUUAUAGAGGUUGGCAGGAAUACACAAAUGAUGGUUUUGUAGAAGCAGAAAAGAAGUUCAAUCCGGAGGAUUUGGAUGUAAAUUUAAAAGGAAAAUCUUAUAUUAUAACAGGUGCUACUAGUGGAAUAGGAAAGUGUUUGACCGAGGAGAUUGCCAAGAGAGGUGGGACUGUUCACAUGGUCUGUCGCAACAUGCAAGUGGCCGAAGUCAUACGCUAUACUUUGAUUGAUGAGACAAAGAACGAGGAAAUUUACCUUCAUGUUGUCGACAUGGCGUAUCCAAGAAGCGUUUUUCAGUUCACACAAGAAUUCCGAGAACAACAUUCUAGUCUUGAUGCUAUCAUACACAACGCUGGUAGCAUGGUCUACACCUGUCACGUUGACCCAGAUGGCAUAGAGAAGAAUUUUGCCGUAAAUGUAUUAUCACCUCACAUCAUCUCGCGUCAACUCGUCCCUUUACUACACAAGAGUGAGCGUGGAAGAGUAAUAUUCAUAUCCUCCGGCUGUAUGUUGGUGCAGAAGUUGGAUCCCACCGACAUACAGUGUCAAAGCCUCAAACACUUUGAUGGGAUGCACGUCUACUCCAACAAUAAACGACAACAGGUGGUGCUAGCAGAGAUCUACUCUCGAGAGUACCCUCAGUUGUUCUGCGCAGCGAUGCACCCUGGCUGGACGGAUACGAAAGGAGUACAGACCACGAUGCCGGAGUUCUACGAGCGGAUGAAGGAACGACUCAGGUCGCCGCGUCAAGGAGCGGAUACUGCUUUGUGGCUAGCCAUCUCCCCCGCUCCGCUGCGGAACACUAGUGGCCUGUUCUAUCAAGAUCGAUCAGCUAUCCCGACACACAUGCCUUUCUCAUUUACCAAACCUACCUUGCAAGAGGAAGACUCCUUUAUUAAACAGGUGGACCAUUUGAUGGAGAGGAUCGGAAGAUCAAGACAAGUAAAGCAGUCUUCGUCCAACUCAGGAUAGCUGCGGAACUUCAGCCUUUCAGUUACCAGUGCGGCUACAUCCAUUUAUUUGGUUUGUUAAAGUUUAUAGACCAUUGAAAAGCUUGCAUUAAAAUGCUUAAGCUUUAAAAACUAAGUUUUCUUAUUAGCGUUCCAAUUGUGUUAUUCUUGUUGCAUCCACGCCAGUGUUAAUUUGUAAAAAUGAACAUAAAACAUUUUAGGAAAGUGGUCCAAAACGUCAAACUUUUGUUGAUAUAUCUGGGAUUUUAUCUGUCACUGUUGCACCAAAAUGAUUACCUUUAGGCUAGCGUUAACACACAUGUAAAAUUAUAUACUCCUCAAUUCUGUUACCAUUUCUACUUCUAGGUUUUUGUCUCAAAGAACGUCUUGUUUAAGUAAUUCAUCAUAGGGAUUCACCAGACAGUGUUAUUGAGUUUUUAUAUGUGUUAAGCUAAAGAAAAUUUUUACGUUUGAAUCUAGUGUAUACACCAGGAUCUAGGGGCACUACUGUUGCUGUGAUUUUAUU